UUGACCGUUCGUAAUGUGGCGCGUACAUAAAACGAUUUACGAAAUAUCCAUUUACGUAAACGUUGCUUAAACUUGCAAGUUUCGCAAUAGGAUAUCUUAAACUUAGCUCUUUGCCAAUACGAACAUUAAUAUUUGGAUAAGGCUGCUGUAUGUGUGUUCAGAAAUUCUAAAAAAUAAUUGAUUCGAUUUUGAAAAUUUGUUUUCGGUCGUAUUGUUUUGUGUGCAAAAAUGAGUUUCAGUUGCUUACGAUGUGUUGUGCGUUACGAUUUAGUGAAAGUUUGUUCAUCGAGUGCGUUGGUUACGAAAUAUUUAGGAUCCUCGCGUGAAUUGAGCACGAGUAGCAAUCUUCGGGCUGUUGCUCAACAGAAUACCAAGCCGGAUUGGAACCGUGCUGUAAGCGAGGCCGAGAAGAUAGUCGGCUAUCCAACUUCUUUCCUGAGCCUGCGAUGGGUGUUGAGCGAUGAAAUUGCCAACGUUGCGUUGCAUUUGAGGAAACUCGUCGGCAGCAAUCAUCCUUUACUGAAAACAGCUAAGAACCUCAUAUACAAUGGCAAAAAUAAUAUGCAGGCAUGGGGACUCAUCGUGUUGCUGGUGUCGAAAGCAGCUGGCCACAGUCCAGAAAUACCUGACAUGGAGCAGGAUAAAGCAGCGGGAGUCCUGCACAGUCAACGCGCCUUAGCAGAAGUAACAGAGAUGAUACGCACAUCGCACCUCGUCCACAAGGGGCUGGUCAACAUGAACGCACGUCAAGUUGUCCCAAGCGAGUCGGACGACAUGCUGUUCGGAAACAAGAUCGCCCUGCUGAGUGGGGACUACCUACUCGCUAAUUCGUGUACGGAGCUCGCCAAUCUAAGGAACCAGGAGCUAGUCGAACUGAUGUCUUCAGCAGUGCGAGAUCUAGCUGAAGCAGAGUUCCUUGGAGAUAGAGACGAGCAAAAUAACCCGCUGCCUUCGCGGCCCCUGCCACACGACCAGAGAGAGGCAGCUACAGAGUGGGAUUGCGUUCUUUCUCCAUUACCCAUGGCGGGCGUUGCUGGCUGCGCUCGAAGAGAAUGGGUCGCUCGACAUGUUCUAGCUGCCGGAGCUCUACUUGGCAAGAGCUGUUCGGCUGCUUUGAAGCUUGCUGGACACAAGCCCGCACUCCAAACACAGGGUUACCUCUUCGGUUGUCACUUAGCGUUAGCGUGGCAAGCUUUCUUAGAUUUAGAAGCGUUCACUGGCCCUGAACCUGACAGCUUUUCUCUUGUAGGAGCGCCCCUGGCUUUUACUUUAGAAGCAAGGCCUACACUAUAUUCAUAUAUUGAGGCUGGCAAGAAAAGCGUACGAGAUGUUGACUAUCAUGAGCUCUACAAGGCGGUGGUGGAAGGAAACGGCAUCGAGCAAACUAAACAAUUGCAGAGAGAGCACAUCAACAGCGCACGCGAAGUCCUUGACUCCUUCCCGUACUGUGACGCUCGUACUGCUCUCACUAACAUCAUUGUAGCUAUGAUACCUUAGUACUCUCUUGUAAGUAAUCAGUCCAUGAAACACACAUACAUUUCUUCGGCUUAAAAAAACAGUUACCUUUCGUAAUAAAUUAUCCGAAUUAUCGUAGCCACGAUAUCCUAGUACUAAUGUUCAUCUUAUUAGUUUGGAAAAGCUUUUUUUAUUGUUUAAUAUCGCUAAAUCGCG